ACUUAUUCUAUGGGCCAACAAACAGCAACAGUUGUUCGAUCUUUACAUGCUUUAAAUAGGCAAAGAUUGAAUGGAAGACUCAAAAAGAGAGGUGUUAAAAAUGGAGCUAUUGUUCUCUUGCAAGGUGGAAAGAGUAUCAUGAGGCAUAACACCGAUCAUGAACCUUUAUUCAGACAGGAAUCUUACUUUCAUUGGACUUUUGGCGUUUGUGAGCCUGACUAUUAUGGUGCUAUCGACGUCGAUAACAACACGUCUAUCCUUUUUUGUCCAAAACUACCUGCUGAAUAUGCAGUAUGGAUGGGAGAAAUACUCUCGACGGAACAAAUCAAGAAUAAAUAUGAUGUUGAUGAAGUCCAUUAUACCGAAGAGAUAAAACAAGUUCUUCAAGCUAAAAAGCCUUCGACUCUGUUGCUUCUGAAAGGAAAAAAUACAGAUAGCGGUCUGCAUACAAUUGAGGCAGAUUUUGAUGGAAUCGAUAGUUUCGAAACUGACCGAACCUCAUUACACCCUGAAAUAUCAGAAUGCCGUGUAACAAAAUCGCAUCAGGAACUCGAUAUCAUGCGUUAUGUCAAUGGUAUUAGUAGUCAAGGCCAUAUCCAGUUGAUGCGAAGUGUUCGACCUGGAAUGAAAGAAUACGAAUUGGAAAGUAUAUUCUUAAACCACUGCUACAGUCGGGGUGGAUGUCGCUACGUAGCUUAUUCUGGAAUUGUUGCUAGUGGAUCCAACAGUGCUGUCCUCCAUUAUGGCCAUGCCGCAGUUCCAAAUAAUAAAACUAUUGAUGAUGGCGACUUAUGCCUCGUCGACAUGGGCGCAGAAUAUUACUGUUAUACUUCUGAUAUCACCUGUACAUUUCCAAGCAAUGGAAAAUUUACUGAAGAUCAAAAGAUCAUUUAUAACGCUGCUCUAAAGGCCAAUAAUGCUGUCGAAGCAGCAAUGAAACCAGGUGUUCAGUGGACUGAUAUGCAUCGUUUGGCUGAACGGUGCAUUUUAGAACAUUUGAAAGAACAUGAUAUUGUCCGAGGAAAUCUUAACGAUAUGAUAGCUGCUCAUGUUGGUGCUAUAUUUAUGCCUCAUGGAUUAGGUCAUUUCCUUGGUAUCGAUACUCACGAUGUCGGCGGUUAUCCUGGAGAUACUAAACGUAUCGAUGAACCCGGCAUUCGUAAUUUACGUGCAAAUCGUGAACUACAGGAAGGAAUGGUUAUCACCGUAGAGCCAGGAUGCUACCUUAUUAACAUUCUUUUAGAUAAAGCAUUAAACGAUCCUAAUCAAGCUCAGUUCUUAAACAAAGAUAGAGUUGAACAACUUCGAAAUAUUGGUGGUGUGCGUAUCGAAGAUAAUGUUUAUGUUACCGCUACUGGGGUAGAAGUAUUAACAAAAGUUCCACGAACAGUAGAAGAGAUUGAAGCUGUUAUGGCCGGCAAAGAUUAA